ACAGUUUUGACAUAUGUUUUGUUGACAAGUGACAUUCGGUAAUCUGUGCAGAUGACUGGUAAAUUUUAGAAAAACAUUUCCAACAAAGGGUCAACAGUUGAUACAAAAUGGGACAAAGUCAGUCGGGUGCGGGAGGUAGCGACAAGAAGGAAGAGAAAGAUAAGAAAAAGAAAUAUGAACCACCGAUCCCGACUCGUGUGGGAAAGAAGAAGCGCCGUACAAAAGGACCAGACACUGCCUUGAAACUACCGGCUGUUACGCCUCAUACGCGAUGCAGGUUGAAAUUGUUGAAACUUGAGCGAAUCAAGGAUUACCUACUCAUGGAGGAAGAGUUCAUCCGUAACCAAGAAAGACUGAAGCCGCAGGAAGAGAAGAAUGAGGAGGAGAGGUCCAAAGUGGAUGACCUUAGAGGAACACCUAUGUCCGUUGGUAAUCUGGAAGAGAUCAUCGAUGACAAUCAUGCUAUCGUUUCCACCUCUGUUGGUAGCGAGCACUAUGUCAGUAUUUUAUCCUUUGUCGAUAAGGAUCAGCUGGAGCCAGGCUGUUCUGUACUGCUGAACCACAAGGUACACGCAGUUGUAGGGGUUCUAGGAGAUGACACUGAUCCCAUGGUGACCGUCAUGAAACUAGAGAAAGCUCCUCAAGAGACUUACGCUGAUAUCGGAGGUCUGGACACCCAGAUUCAGGAAAUAAAGGAAUCUGUGGAACUGCCUCUCACCCACCCCGAGUACUACGAAGAGAUGGGCAUCAAACCACCAAAAGGUGUGAUCUUGUAUGGUCCCCCAGGAACCGGAAAGACCCUGCUGGCUAAGGCUGUCGCCAACCAAACUUCCGCUACUUUUUUGAGAGUCGUUGGAUCAGAACUUAUUCAGAAAUAUUUGGGUGAUGGUCCCAAACUAGUUCGUGAGCUGUUCAGGGUAGCAGAGGAGCAUGCACCUUCCAUAGUGUUCAUCGAUGAAAUUGAUGCCGUGGGUACGAAGAGGUACGAUUCUAAUUCUGGAGGAGAACGUGAAAUUCAGAGAACAAUGCUGGAGCUUCUCAAUCAACUGGACGGUUUUGAUUCAAGGGGAGACGUUAAGGUGAUUAUGGCAACAAACAGAAUUGAAACUUUGGAUCCGGCUCUCAUUCGUCCCGGUCGUAUUGAUAGGAAGAUUGAGUUUCCUCUUCCCGACGAGAAAACUAAGAAACGCAUCUUCAAUAUUCACACUUCUAGAAUGACUUUGGCUGAAGAUGUGAAUCUUCACGAGCUCAUUAUGGCCAAAGAUGACCUCUCGGGAGCCGAUAUUAAGGCAAUUUGUACCGAAGCCGGAUUGAUGGCUUUGCGAGAGCGUAGAAUGAAAGUUAUGAAUGAAGAUUUUAAAAAAUCAAAGGAAAGUGUUCUCUACCGAAAGAAGGAGGGUACACCAGAAGGGCUCUAUCUUUAGGUUAGCGGAAUUUGAUUUUUGUAAUUUGAUUUUUCACUUAGUUAUUAAAUUAACUGAAUGGAUAGAUA